AUGGAGGAGUACGGUCAUCUGUUUAUCAGAACCUUUGAAAGGUUUACUCAAGCAGCAUCUGUUAUGGGUCUGAAUUCAUCAUAUAUCUGUGACCAAGAGCCUGAUUUGGUGGAAGCCUAUGCAAAUUUUGCAUCCAUGUUUGUCCGAAGCUGUCCUAAGCAAGUUUUGGCUGCAUCCGGGUCACUCCUUGAAAUUUCAUUCCAAAAGGCUGCUAUAUGCUGCACAGCCAUGCACCGUGGAUCAGCGUUGGCUGCAAUAUCAUAUUUAUCAUGUUUCUUGGAGGUUACCCUUGAUGUUAUGCUGGAAUCAAUCAACUCUAUGCUUGAGGGAUCAUAUUGUUGCAUUGCAAUUCAGCUCAUAGCUCGUAGAGGUGAAGGGCUAGUAUCAAAUAUUGUUUAUGCUUUGCUUGGUGUUUCAGCAAUGUCUCGGGUUCACAAGUGUGCAACCGUGUUGCAACAAUUGGCUGCGAUUUGCAGGUGUUGUGAUAGAACAAUUUGGAAUGCUAUGCUCUGUUGGAAUUCAUUGCAAAGAUGGCUGCAUUCAGCGGUGCAUGGCCUUCCAGUGGAGUAUCUAAAGCCAGGAGAAGAUGAUACAUUGGUUCCAGAUUGGUUGGACGCUUUGGCUGGGGCUGCAGUCGAUUAUCUUGACAGCAAGAGUUCCAAGGGUGUUAAGAACAAUUAUGGGCAUAUGCAAGGGAAAGGUGGAAGAGUCCUCAAGCGUAUAAUUCGAGAAUUUGCUGAUAGUCACUGUGCCUUGACCCAAAUUUGA